UGCUUUUACACUGUGGGAACUCCUAGUUCCUGUCACAGCAACCCGGGCUGUGACGAGUAUAAAAAAGCCGGCCGGCCGGCUUUCCCUCCACUGACUCUGAGUGUGUGAGAGUGUGCGAGUGUGUGUGAGUGAGUGAGUGAGUGUGUGCGUGAGUUGUUAUAUUAACAUGGCCAAAAGAAACGCUCAGCAUGCUCAAGGAAACGGUGUUAAACAAAUGCAGGAGCAGAGCAGUGAAAAAGUUCAGCUGAGGAAGAAGGUGACAUUGUUGCGUGGGAUCUCCAUCAUCGUAGGAACCAUCAUCGGUGCUGGAAUCUUCAUCUCCCCCAAGGGCAUCCUUCAAAACUCGGGCAGUGUAGGAAUGUCUUUGGUGAUUUGGGUGGCUUGUGGGAUUCUGUCGUUAUUUGGUGCUCUGUCCUAUGCUGAGUUAGGAACCUGCAUUAAGAAGUCUGGUGGUCACUACACCUACGUUCUGGAGGCAUUCGGCCCUCAGAUGGCUUUCAUACGACUCUGGGUGGACAUGAUUGCUAUACGGCCUGCAGGAAUGGCUGUAAUUUCUCUGGCGUUCGGACGGUAUAUUUUGGAGCCGAUCUUCAUGCCAUGUGGCGUUCCCGAGUUCGCAAUCAAGCUCGCUACGGCAAUUGGACUCACUACAGUCAUGUACAUCAACAGUAUGAGUGUGAGCUGGACAGCCAGGCUCCAGAUCUUCCUCACGUUCAGUAAACUUCUCGCCAGCAUCAUCAUCGUCCCCGGACUCUAUCAGCUGUUUAGAGGCGAGACCAAAAAUUUCCAGAAUGCAUUUCAGGUCAACACGGUCAAGUUGUCUGGCCUCCCUUUGGCCUUCUACUCAGGGAUGUAUGCUUACGCCGGCUGGUUUUACUUGAAUUUUGUCACAGAGGAAGUGGAUCGUCCCGAGAGAACCGUCCCAUUGGCUAUCGGCAUCUCCAUGGUGAUUGUAACCGUAUGCUACACGCUGACUAACGUUGCGUAUUACACUGUGAUGUCGGCAGAGGAGCUGCUCGCCUCAGACGCCGUCGCUGUGACCUUUGCUGAGAAAAUUUAUGGGAAUUUCUCAAUCGCAGUUCCCAUCUUCGUGGCACUUUCUUGCUUUGGGUCUAUGAAUGGAGGCAUUUUUGCCAUCUCCAGAAUGUUUUACGUGGCGUCUCGAGAAGGUCAACUUCCUGAAGUUCUGUCUAUGGUUCAUGUUCAUCGACACACUCCAGUAGCUGCUGUAAUUGUUAUGUACCCCCUCACCAUGCUCCUCCUGUUUGUUGGAGAUAUCUACAGCCUGCUGAACUUCAUGAGCUUCCUGCGCUGGCUCUUCAUCGGGCUAGCUGUGGUCGGACUCAUCUACAUGCGCCACACACGGCCUGAAAUGUUACGUCCUUUCAAGGUCCCAAUCUUCAUCCCAGCAGUUUUCUCCUUCACCUGCUUCUUCAUGGUCUUUCUUUCGCUCUACUCCGAUCCAGUCAACACGGGGAUCGGCUUUGCCAUCACGCUUACGGCAAUCCCGGCCUACUACAUCUUCAUCGUUUUCGACAGAAAGCCCAAGUGGUUCCAGAAUCUCUCAGACUCCAUGAACAGAUCCUUACAAAUCCUCUUGGAGGUGGUCCCUGCCGAGAACUGACCUUUCCAGACACCGCUCUUGCAUCAUUCAGUCUUUCAUUUUCGUCUUUCUUAUAGAACAUGCUCCCUUCAACCUGCUCUCAUUUUCAUUCCUCUUUUAUGUUUUAUAGAAAACACUCCCCCGAGUGACCGCUUCUCAAUCCAUCCCUCCACAAGGGAGGAACGAGAGAGAGACCUUUCGGUGCUCGCGCAAGAAAAAAAAAACACUUCCACUCUCUCGGUCCUCGCUAUUCGCUCCAAUACAGCACACUUCACUUUACUAGCCGUGCUUUGUCUUAUUUCCUGGUCAAUUUGAGAUUCGUGAAGAUUUUUCUCAGAACAGUUCGGCAGGUCAUUUUGAAGCUGAGGAACAUUCUCACAAAAAAUCAGUGUGAACGUUCUUACCAAAACAUUCCACCAGUUUUCUCAGAACACACAGAAAGUGUUAACUGUUCGAACCACAGCAAUCGUUUUGCUAAUCUAAAUCUCGGGGGACACCACGUGUGAUGGCGCUUUCAGUCAACGAAAAACGUAGCUUUUUUUGAAAACGCUUUCCGAAGUGAAUACAUUUGAAAACUACAUUUUCGCUUCCCAGUGUGUACUUGUGAAAAACGCCGGCUUUCGGAAAUGACGCAUCUUUUGUCAUUGCCGCGACUUUUCAAAGAAUCGGAAAGCAAAUAAACGCACAAUGAAGCGUCUUUAAUACCUGUUAGCACUCGGUUCAGAAAAAUUGCUCUAAUUAAUCUAAUGAAAAUAAAUCUAGUGUUAUAUAUGACAGGUUCAUAUGUGAUGCUCUGCAUUAGCCUAGCAUAGAUGGGCAUAAUUGUGGAGAAAAAAUAAUCAAUCCCACAUGUCCUACGGUGCAAAGCUACAUUUUUCUACUACAUGACGAAUUGAUAAUUAGCCUGCUGGAAAAAAAGCGAUUUGCUAGCUUCAGUCAUGUGUAUGCUAGCUUGUAAU